GAGCCAGACGGGUGCCCUCGCAGGCGCCCUCACUAGUGCGCUCGUUCCCGCAGGGCGCCAGCUAUGCUGUCCCUCUUGGCUAGGGCCGCUGCCGGGCCUCUCCGCUCGCUAGGCCGCUCGGCCUACUGUUCGCUGGCUCCGUGGUGGCGGGCGGCGGCGCUGCCCUCGCCGCUGAGCCGGACGCUGCCGCCGUGGUGCCGGGCGGCCGACCCCCGCGCCCUGCUAGCCGUCCCGCCGCCGGCUGCGCUGCUGCCGCCGCUCCUGGCGGGGCUGAAGACGAAAACCUCGUUGAAAAGGCGUUGCAAGGACUGCUUUAUCGUCCGGCGCCGGGGCCGGCUCUACGUCUACUGCAAGACCAACCCUCGGCACAAGCAGCGGAAGCUGUAGCCCUGCGGCCGGGACCCUCUCCCGUCUGGGAGCGCCGCGGCGGGGCCCCGGAGGCGAAGGA